UACAGGCAGUAAGGCAGUAGCGCAUGAAUAUUAUGGUGAAUGUGGGAAGUAGGUCACCGUUUGCACUGGUUCUUUCAACUGCUGCUGCUGCUGCUCUCUCUGCUCGUUUCAUUUCCCUACCGAGCAUCGAUCUCAUUUCUAAUCACCUCACUCACAGUCGGGAUUUCUUUCAGCCUUCCCAACCUGACGCUUUUAUUCCUCUCCAGACCCAAAGAGUGGACUCUGAGGGUCUGCAUGGAAGACUGGAAUGACCCAUGCACGGCAGAGGAACUCUUUAUGCAGAUAUCAGAGUGAAUCCAGGGAGCAGGUAAGCUGCCAGAUACAUGCUGAAACCAUGGGCAGAGCCUGGCCCGAGUGUCCAGUGCACGAAAAGAAGACUAAGAGACAUUCCUCUAAAAAAGGAAGAGAGAAGAAAAUAAAGGAGCAGCGUGCAGACCGAGACCGGAAGCACUACCCCCUCAGAGGAAGGCUGGGAAUGAGCGAAGUGGGGACCUUAAACUGUCGUGUUCUACUGACACGCGUGGACGAAGAUGAAACUUCUACGAAGAUGAAGAGCGGCGUGAAAACUGGGUCUAAGAAUGAAGGCAAACUGAAAAUGAAGAUGAAGAAAGGAAGGACCAAACCUUGCAAGUGUCACAAGAAGACCUGCAAAGCUUGUCAGUCAACCUCCGGACCAAAAAGCAACACUAAAUCUGUCAAAACUGCCUUACAUCCAGAACUUCUCCUGGAACCUCGCAAGCGACGCCUAGCCUCUCUCAACGCUGAAGCUGUCAAUAGCCUGCUGUUGUUUAAAGACAACCCCCAUGUUUCUAAAAAACAGCUGAAUUUCCCCAAGGGAGACACUGACCUACCCAAAGGUGAGACCGAAACCUCAAGAAAAGGGUUAGAAGGCCAAAAACGGGCACAUACGGCUGAGAAAGAAGAAAGUCCACCUCGCAAGAAGGUCAAAAAAUCAAAGACGGAUCCUAAACAUCUGGACCAGCUGAAUCUGAACAGUCCCACCCCUAGACGUCUAGCGGGUUUGAAUGCAGCUGCUCUGCUGAAGCUAACCAGCACCUCAUCUGGAGCCAAGCGGAGAGCCAAAACCGAUGGCAAGCCGGGCGGCGGAGUAGCGCGAACGAAACAACUCCAAGGAAAGCUGGCGAAGCAACAACACAGCCCGGCGAGCCCGUCCAAGCUGCAACAAUCACAACAGUGCUGUGAUCUUUGCAAGAAGGAAGCCCUUCAGACUGACACCUUGUGGGAAGGUUCUUCAGGGAGCCAUGGCUUCAUCAGGCCUGGAUAUCAAUGCAGGUCUAUGCUCAACUACUCCUUAAAGCCUGUGAAAGAGGAGAAAACUGAGACUGACGUGACCUCCUGUUACUGCUGUUCCCAGAACAGGUCUGUGGAGUACUGCCACAGGCUCGCCCUUUUACUCAACCAGAAUGCCUACCCUGAAUCAGAAGAACAUUCAAUGUCCUCUGUGAAAGGAUUCCUCACCCCUCCUCAUUCACUCACCCACCCAGCCUUGACUCUUGGUGCCCAUCCUUAUUCCUGCUAUCCUGGAUACUACGUCCACAUCGCACACCACGGGACAUCCUCACUCCCAGUGAGUACAAGUCCCGGCCCUCAUGCUCCCCCUUCCGUACCUCCCAUCACCCUGUGUCCCACCGGAGUGAAGAGACCCAAACUGAUGCCAUCUCCAGUGUCCCACCCUUCAGGAAUCCCUCACCCGGUGUGCUGCAAUUCUGUCGGGACCUGUUACGGAGAUCCCUGCAGGAUCGGCGGCUAUGCCUACAGACCCUCUCAGCCUCUCGCCAGCAGGGGAUGCUCGUUCAGUGCCGGAUGCUCCAGCUGCAACCACAAAAUCAAAAUGGAAGACUACCCCUGCCCGCUGGACAAGCACAGCCCCCCUAUUUCUAUGCCCUCUGCCCUCCCGUUGUCUGUCUGCCCCAUACCCAACGUGCCCUCGGCCACCCAGCCCCUGCCCCACCUGCAGUCUCCUCUGGCAGACACUGGACGUCCACAGCUGCGAGUCGGGCGGGAGUGCCCUCAGAGCGCCAAGCCACCCGGUAGCUCGCGCUUGGCUUUGCGGGACACAGCCGUCUGCCCCCAUGUGAAGGAGAGCCAGCUGGGUGCCAGCCAUGGCAGUCAAGGAACCAAGCAGCCCAGGAUCAGUCGGCGGCGAGCCACCAACGGCUGGCUGCCUGUGGGCACAGCUGCUGAAAAGGAGGUAUUCAUAGUGGGUGAGGAGUCACCGGCACUACGUAGGUGUUAUGAAGGAGUGCAGAGAGACGGAGAGGUAAUCCGGGUGCGAGACACUGUAUUGCUGCGCUCUGGCCCCAGGAAGAAGUCCCUCCCCUAUGUGGCUAAAGUGUCUGCGUUUUGGGAGGACCCUGAGUCAGGGGAGCUGAUGAUGAGCCUGUUUUGGUACUACCGUCCCGAGCACACUCAGGGGGGCCGGAAUCCCAGCAUGCACUGUGAGAAUGAGAUUUUUGCGUCCCGUCAUCAGGACGAGAACAGCGUCGCGUGCAUUGAGGACAAGUGCUACGUCUUGACAUUAGCACAAUAUUGCAGAUUUUGUGCCUUGGUGAAGCAUCGUGAUGAGGGUCGUCCCAAAAGUGCCCCCCUGGUCCCUCCGGCUCACAACUACACAGUUCCAGCUCACCGCCUCGUGCCCACCGACAUCGACCCCGACCUGGUGUUUGUCUGUCGCCACGUUUAUGACUUCCGCUACGGCCGCCUCCUGAAGAACCUGCAGUAGCGGUAGUAGUGAAAAUGCUCGGAUAUCUUGGAGCCAUACACUGAAGUCCAAAAGGUGAAGACACAAUCAACAUUCUUAUCAAAGAAAU